CGAACGCAACUUCCGGUCCGACCAGGUGGGGGCCGGAGCCGGUUCCGGCGUGGCUCGAGAGUGCCGAUUUCCCUGCCCGCGUCGAAGUGUCCGCUGCGGUCGCCGUGGGGAGCCCGACGCGACCGCCCGCGCGUGACCAUGUGGCGGCUGCUGGCUCGCGCCCGCGCGCCCCUCCUGCGGGCGCCUUUGUUAGAUUCUUGGGCAGCGCCGCCCGCCAGCGCUGGCCUAAAGACGCUGCUCCCGGUGCCAACUUUUGAAGAUGUUUCCAUUCCUGAAAAGCCCAAGCUCAGAUUUGUUGAAAGGGUACCACUUGUGCCAAAAGUGAGAAGAGAGCCUAAAAACCUGAGUGACAUAAGGGGACCUUCCACUGAAGCCACUGAGUUCACUGAAGGCAGUUUUGCGAUCUUGGCACUGGGUGGCGGUUACCUCCACUGGGGGCAUUUUGAAAUGAUGCGCCUGACAAUCAACCGGUCUGUGGACCCCAAGAACAUGUUUGCCUCAUGGCGAGUACCAGCCCCUUUCAAGCCCGUCACCCGCAAGGGUAUGGGACAGCGCAUGGGGGGCGGCAAAGGUGCCAUCGAUCACUACGUGACCCCUGUGAAGGCUGGCCGCCUCAUAGUAGAGAUGGGCGGGCGUUGCGAAUUCCAAGAGGUACAGGGUUUCCUCGACCAGGUUGCCCACAAGUUGCCCUUCCCCGCGAAGGCCGUGAGCCGUGAGACUCUAGAGAAGAUGCGGAAAGAUCAAGAAGAACGAGAACGGAACAACCAAAACCCCUGGACCUUUGAGCGCAUUGUCACUGCCAACAUGCUGGGGAUACGGAAAGUGCUGAGCCCCUACGACCUGACCCAUAAGGGGCGAUACUGGGGCAAGUUCUACAUGCCUGAGCGUGUGUAGUGAGGAUGUGAGCAGGAAACGGACACAGGCUGUUUAUUCCCCUCAGCCAGUCCUUCAAGUCUUUGGGUAGCUCUGAUGUCAUAACCAAGGAGCAGCAUACGAGUAGAUGCUUUCUGAAAAGCUGUACAUUAUCGGUCAGGUUUUUUAAAGUGGAUUAUAUUUAUAUUAAAUAAAGUUUGAGCAUCACCUCAAGAUGA